UGUGUCCCUCGUCGGAACCCGUACCGGCCUCGUUUCCUUUUCCGUCAUUCGUAUGCAGCGCCUAAACUUCCGGUGUCUGGUCGUGAGCGAGCAGAAUGGGUCAAAGCCAGAGUGGAGGACAUGGUCCUGGGGGUGGUAAAAAGGAUGACAAGGAUAAGAAGAAGAAAUAUGAGCCCCCAGUUCCAACUAGAGUAGGGAAAAAGAAGAAGAAAACGAAGGGACCAGAUGCUGCCAGCAAACUUCCACUGGUAACUCCUCAUACUCAGUGCAGACUCAAGCUGUUGAAGCUGGAACGAAUUAAAGAUUAUCUCUUAAUGGAGGAAGAAUUUAUUAGAAACCAGGAACAGAUGAAACCUUUAGAAGAAAAGCAAGAGGAAGAGAGAUCCAAGGUGGAUGAUCUGAGAGGAACCCCAAUGUCUGUAGGGACUCUGGAGGAGAUAAUCGAUGACAAUCAUGCCAUAGUGUCUACAUCGGUGGGAUCGGAGCACUAUGUCAGUAUUCUUUCUUUCGUCGACAAGGAUUUGCUAGAGCCAGGAUGUUCAGUUUUACUUAACCAUAAAGUCCAUGCUGUAAUAGGAGUUUUGAUGGAUGAUACAGAUCCCUUAGUGACUGUGAUGAAGGUGGAAAAAGCCCCACAGGAGACCUAUGCAGAUAUUGGUGGCUUGGAUAACCAGAUUCAAGAAAUCAAGGAGUCUGUGGAGCUCCCUCUGACCCAUCCUGAGUAUUAUGAAGAGAUGGGUAUAAAGCCACCCAAAGGAGUCAUUUUGUACGGGCCUCCUGGCACAGGUAAAACCUUAUUAGCCAAAGCAGUGGCAAACCAGACCUCUGCCACCUUUCUGAGAGUGGUUGGCUCUGAGCUUAUACAGAAGUACCUGGGAGAUGGGCCCAAGCUUGUCCGAGAGCUGUUUCGAGUUGCGGAGGAGCAUGCCCCAUCAAUCGUCUUCAUCGAUGAAAUUGAUGCUAUCGGUACCAAAAGGUAUGACUCCAAUUCUGGGGGUGAAAGGGAGAUCCAACGGACGAUGCUGGAGUUGCUGAACCAGCUAGAUGGGUUUGACUCCCGUGGAGAUGUAAAAGUGAUCAUGGCCACUAACAGAAUAGAAACGCUGGAUCCAGCCUUAAUCAGGCCAGGGCGUAUUGAUAGAAAAAUAGAAUUCCCUCUGCCUGACGAGAAAACCAAGAAGCGCAUCUUUCAGAUUCACACCAGCAGGAUGACUUUGGCAGACGAUGUUACUCUUGAUGAGCUGAUUAUGGCUAAAGACGACUUGUCUGGCGCUGAUAUUAAGGCAAUUUGCACAGAAGCUGGCUUGAUGGCUCUGAGAGAACGGAGGAUGAAAGUAACAAAUGAAGACUUCAAAAAAUCGAAAGAAAAUGUUCUCUAUAAGAAACAAGAGGGCACCCCAGAGGGCCUCUAUCUUUAAUAUCUUUUCCUUUUUUGUUGUUGUGUGUGGGGACAUUGUUGGGAAUUGUUGGGACUACCUUUCAGAAAACAGAAUUAAAGUCCUUUGUGAACAAAAAGAAAACCUUGGGUUGCUGCUCAAAGCAUGCUAGCCAGAUUCUUCUCCCAUUGUCAUUUACUCACUGUAUCUGCCAUUAAAGCAGGGGUGGGGAACGUCCGGCCCACGAAAUCAUUUGGUCUGGCCCGCAGGGCUGGCGCGUCCAUUAAGGUGAAGCCAGCAGCCGCCUCGAGCACAGCUCUCUGAAGGAGUCGCUGUGGCCCAUGCUGGCCCCCGACAACCCCCCGGCCCGACCUGGCACCAGCGCCUUGGGCCACGCAGCACAGAAGCAAUCACGCUGUUGCUUCGUGCUCUUGCACCCCCAGCCCGACCCGGCGGCAGGAUGCAUGGCGCAG